AUGCACCCUAACCUUUAUUGGUCAUCGUUGGCAAUGGCGCUGGCCCUUGGUCUCUGGGCUGCCGACAAGAAAUUGGUUGAAAUGGGAGAUUGUCUUAGAGAAUGGGCAUCCGUGUUUACGGUUGUCGCCGUUAUAUGCAACCGACGUUCACCCUUGCACCGUGAUCCUCUGUCUCAUUCCAAAUGGUUCGAUGUUAUGACCAGCGUCGGCGAUUAUGGAGCAGCAAGGAUGAAGAUGCCUAAUAUAGGCAUUGAAGUUGUGUAUGAUUCAGGUGUGAUGGUUGUUGGUUCAGGAAGAAUUGUUAGGCAUGGGGUGGAUGUGAUGGAUGGCGACCGAAUAGGCUGGGUGUGGUACAUGAGGGAUGAUGUGUAUGACGUCGAGCCCACUAUACCCGGAACCUUAGUUGAGUCCCCAUUGACUGAACCUGAGACUUACAAGACCCCCGUUCGGUCUCCCACUGAGAAAUCCUUCUCGUGUGAGGAUGACUCCGUCCUCAGACCUGUCCGCUCUUAUAGCGACAUGGUACGGACAAGGACAGACACCCCUCAACCUGGUGCUGAGAAGGGAUCUGCUGACGCCAUCAGCACUGUAGUUGGUUCUGAUGAGGGGACCGACACUAUUACCAGUGCUCCCAUUAAUGCUAUGAAACCUGCAUUCAUGACGUCCAGUGACGAGAGUGAUGAAAACGACACCCCUUGGAAGAGGGUCAAGCGUCACCAUAAGAAACCCCAAAAGGUUACAGGUCUGAGUGAGACAAAAACACCCAUCAGGGUGACGAUACCUUCAAUGAAGCUGAAAGGAGGCUUACCGAAGAAGAGAAGCAGCGCAUCCUCAACAGGAAGGCUGCUGAGAGACGAGCUCAGUCCCAUGAGCGUGGAAUGCCAAUGGACAAAGGAACGUCCAAAGGCAAAGGUGUCGAUCCUUGCAACUGAGGAGAUAUCAAUGUUAGCGAGUCUGAAAUGGACUUUGACGCCCAACCAAGUCCGGUCAGAGGCCUCUAACACAGACAAUGUGCAGGGAUCUGAAGAAGAAAUCUCAAACCUACUCGAGCAAGCAGUCCGGGCAGCUGAAGCCCGAGUCACGAAGUCUUUUGAGGACCAGAUGAAGCGGCUCCAUGCUGAGAUCAUAGAGAAGGAAGCACUCCUGGCCAAGAAGGGAAAAACCAACAAAGCGAAGACAAACCACUCACCCAAGGACCUGGUCAUGAAGCUAGUCGAGAAAGCAAUGUAUAAGGGCUCCAAAAAGCAUUUCACACGUGCCUCACCGGCCGCCAUGGACGCCAUGGUUCAGAUAGCACCUAAGAGCUAUUUGGGAAGAGCAUUCAAUAAAAUUAAGAGAGGGAAAUGCACCAAGCCCCACAAAGACCCCAUCAAGGACCCUUCUGACAGAUCAUCGAGUACAAUGACAAUGACAGAGUCCAAUCCUGACUCCCCAUCCACCUCAUCAUCCUCGUCCUUGAGCAGCUCCAGCUCAGAAGAGUCCAUGUCCAGCUCGGAAGAUGAACAUCCAGCUUGA